CACAACACGGUCACACCGAACACAUCUCUACUAAUUGUGCAAAGAAAAAGUGAAAAAAGAGAAAAGUGUCGGAAAAUCCGCAAUAUUUAGCCCCCAUUUUAGUUUUAAAGCACAGCCAACACCCAAAGCAGCAGCAGCAGCACCAAGAUGACGUGGGAACCACAGGGAGAAGGUCUCCAGCAGAUCAUAGCGAUACUCAAGGAGUCGCAGUCACCAGACACAGCCACACAGAUGGCGGUACAAAUGAAACUUGAGGAGUUCAAUCGCUAUCCAGACUUCAACAACUAUCUCAUCUAUGUGCUGACCAAGCUGAAGACCGAGGAUGAGCCAACACGCUCCCUCAGCGGCCUAAUCCUCAAGAACAACAUCCGCAUGCACGGCAGCACCCUGCAGCCGGAGAUUGUGGAGUAUAUUAAGCACGAGUGCCUGCAGGCCGUGGGCGAUGCCUCGCCUCUGAUUCGGGCCACCGUUGGCAUCCUCAUCACUACCAUUGCCAGCAAUGGCGGGUUACACAACUGGCCACAGCUACUGCCUUCGCUCUGCGACAUGCUCGACAACCAGGACUAUAAUGUGUGCGAGGGCGCCUUUAGUGCGCUGCAGAAGAUCUGUGAGGAUUCCGCUGAUAUCCUGGACUCGGCGGCGCUUAACCGGCCACUGAACGUGAUGAUUCCCAAAUUCCUGCAGUACUUUAAGCACAGCAGCCCCAAGAUCCGUUCACAUGCCAUUGCCUGCAUCAAUCAGUUCAUCAUCAACCGGUCGCAGGCGCUCAUGCUGAACAUAGACACCUUCAUCGAGAACCUGUUCCACCUGUCCUCCGACGAGGAUCACGAGGUGCGCAAGAAUGUCUGCCACGGACUGGUCAUGCUGCUAGAGGUGCGAAUGGACCGCCUGAUGCCGCACAUGUCGCAGAUCAUUGAGUACAUGCUGCUGCGUACCCAGGACUCCGAUGAGGGUGUGGCCCUGGAAGCCUCCGAAUUCUGGCUGUCGCUGGCCGAGCAGAGCAUCUGCAAAGAUGUCCUGGCCCCCUACUUGUCCCAGUUGGCUCCAGUUUUGGUGCGCGGCAUGCGGUACUCCGAGAUCGACAUAAUCCUGCUCAAGGGCAACGUGGAGGAGGAUGACAUGGUGCCUGAUCGUGAAGAGGAUAUCCGGCCGCGUUUCCACAAGUCCCGCACGCACACAAUCAAGAGUGGCCAGGAGGCUGGUGGCCAGGCAGGCGCCUCUGGGGAGGAUGACGAUGAUGACUUUGACGAUGGCCUGGACGACGAUAGCUCGCUAUCGGAAUGGAAUCUGCGCAAGUGCAGUGCCGCCGCCCUGGAUGUUCUGGCCAAUGUGUUCCGCGAGGAUUGCCUGCCCGUCGUCUUGCCCAUUCUCAAGGAGACGCUGUUCCAUCAGGAGUGGGUGAUCAAGGAGAGCGGUGUCCUGGCUUUGGGCGCCAUUGCCGAGGGCUGCAUGCAGGGCAUGAUCCAGCACCUGCCCGAGCUGAUCCCCUACCUGAUUAGCUGCCUGUCGGACAAGAAGGCUUUGGUACGCUCCAUCACCUGCUGGACGCUGUCCCGCUAUGCCAACUGGGUGGUCAACCAGCCGCACGAUCAAUACUUGAAGCCGCUAAUGGAGGAGCUACUCAAGCGUAUUCUGGACUCCAAUAAGCGGGUACAGGAGGCGGCCUGCUCGGCCUUUGCCACGCUGGAGGAGGAGGCCUGCACAGAGCUGGUGCCAUAUCUGGAGUAUAUCCUUAAGACGCUCGUCUUUGCCUUCUCCAAGUAUCAGCACAAGAAUUUGUUGAUUCUGUACGAUGCUGUGGGCACUCUGGCCGAUUCCGUGGGCCAUCAUCUGAACAAACCUCAGUACAUUGACAUACUGAUGCCGCCGCUAAUUGACAAAUGGAAUCUGCUAAAGGACGACGACAAGGACCUAUUUCCGCUGUUGGAGUGUCUGUCGAGCAUUGCCACUGCCCUGCAGUCUGGCUUUUUGCCCUACUGCGACCCGGUCUACCGGAGAUGCAUCUCCCUGAUAGAGCAGACCAUCAACCAGGAAAUGUUGUGCAAACAAAACCAUACAUUCGAGCAUCCCGACAAGGAGCGCAUGAUUGUGGCUUUGGAUUUAUUGUCUGGCCUGGCCGAGGGCCUGGAUCGGCACAUUGAAACGUUGGUGGCCAACAGUAACAUCAUGCACCUGCUCUACCAGUGCAUGCAGGAUGUUCUGCCCGAGGUGCGUCAAUCUUCGUUUGCUUUGUUGGGUGACCUGACCAAGGCCUGCUUUCCCCAUGUGCAUCCUUUUAUGGCCGAAUUCUUUCCCAUUUUGGGUCAGAAUUUAAAUCCUGAAUUAAUAUCGGUAUGCAACAAUGCCACCUGGGCCAUUGGAGAGAUUUGUAUGAAACUGGGUGAGGAGACCAAGCAGUACAUUCACCUGGUACUCACCGACCUGUUUGUCAUCAUCAAUAAACCCAACACGCCAAAGACACUGCUGGAGAAUACAGCAAUAACAAUCGGUCGUCUAGGUUAUGUGUGCCCAGUUGAAGUGGCUCCUUAUUUGCCCGAAUUUGUACGACAGUGGUGCACAUCGCUGCGUCACAUACGGGACAAUGAUGAGAAGGACUCUGCCUUCCGUGGCAUGUGUCAUAUGAUCACAGUGAAUCCCGCAGGCGUGGUGCCUGAUUUUAUAUUUUUCUGCGAUGCCAUUGCAUCGUGGGUGAAUCCCCCGCAGGAUCUGCAUCAGAUGAUACAAAAGAUUCUCCACGGCUUCAAGACCCAGGUGGGUGAAGAGAAUUGGCGUCGAUUUGUGGAUCAAUUCCCGCCAACUCUGGCCGAGCGCCUGGCCACCAUGUACAACAUCUAAGGCAGGCAGAGGGCGAGCUAAGGAAUAAAACACCCACCACCCCCACCACCCCAGCAAGCAGCAAAACAUCUUAACUAGACAAUUAUGUACAAGUAUGCGUAGUAAGCAUGUCGUCGUCUUAAACUUUAGCAUGUUAAGUUAUCCGAUUCGAUGCUGUUCGAAUGAUACGUUAAUAUUGAAAUUUAACCUUAUAGAAAAAAAAAAACGAAAACCUUAAAAAAAAACAGCAUAACCGUACAUUUAACCACAACAAAAGCAUAUAUCGAUAUAUAUAUAGAAAUCUUGUAGAGAAGAGCCUAAACCCCACACAAAACACUAAAGGAUCUUAGAUCCACAAUCGUCUGUCCGUUUCCCCACAUAAAAACUAGAAAAGAUAACCCUGUGUUCCGGCCGUACUUAACCGGAUUCAAAAGCUAAUAGACAAAACCCAAAACCAGCUUAGUUCAAAAACCGGAAAUAGAGUUUAAUUAUGAAGAAGACACACGGGUGUUUAUAAUAAUAACAACUAAAAAAUCGUCUUAAAGAGAAAUAAUAUAUGCGGGUUCGUGUCGCGGUAAAUAUAAACUAAACCAAAAAUCGUUGAAUGAAAGCGUUGGGUCAGUUGUAAAAUAACAAAAAGCAAAUCAACAAUGAAAUCAAAUGUAAAAAACGAAACAACAAUUUCAGCUGAAAUCAAGCAAAGACUGAAAACUAACUCCGUUCAAAACCACAGACACACAAACUCAUUCACACAAAAACAAGCGAUUUGAAUUUCACUACUGAGCCCAACACUUUCGUAAUAAAAAACAAAACUAAAUUCGAAAAAAAAAUAUAAAAUCGUCGCGUUUCGGGUUUAUAACGGUUUCGCGUUCGCGUAUUCGCCGCUCGUUCGUUCGUUCGUAAUCGUCGUAUCAUCGUGAUAACUCGUCGGGAAAAAUCGUCGGUAACUCGGUAAGUUAAAUAAUACAAGGAUAACGAUAAUAUUGCAACUGUUACUGAUACAAAUUUACUUAUACACUAAAUGAUAUU